AUGUUAUUUGCACUCUUUCUAGCUCUUGUUUCAAUAUCGUCAGCUAAUCGUACUGAAUUACGUGCUGUAUUCGAUAAAUAUGCACAUCAUGUUUAUCAAAAUGAAAAUUAUAUGACACCACAUGAAUUUGUUCAAGAUUAUCUAUGUUAUUUAAAAGGUGAUAAUAUUGAAACAAAAACAUUAGAUAUUCUUUCGUCAUUAGUCGAUUUAAACAAAGAUCAACGAAUAACAUUUACAGAAUUUCAACAAUUUGAAUCAUUAUUACUUGCUUCUGAUUCUCUCUAUCGUCUCGCCUUUCAAUUAUUUGAUAAAACUGGACAUGGUCUAAUUACAUUCGAAUCAUUUCAAGAUAUCAUUACAUCAACAUCAUUUUAUAAAAAAUUUCCGUUUAAUUUUGAUAGUGAAUUUAUUACAUUACAUUUUGGUGCUAAACGUCAACGACAAAUUAAUUAUAAAGAUUUUACACAAAUUCUAUUAGAUUUCAUUGAUGAACAAACAAUACAAGCAUUUAAAACGAUGGAUAAUUCGAAUCAAGGUUACAUUACAUUAAAAAAUUUUGAUUAUAUUUUAAAAGAAUUGCGUCAAUAUCAAUUAUCUGAUUUUAUUACUGGAAAUUUGUAUGAAAUUAUUAAAUUAACAAAAUAUAAUUUAGAUAAUAGUACACAUAUUACAUUUCCAUAUUUUAUGGCAUUUUUACAAUUAUUAAACAAUAUAGAAUUAAUGAAAAAAAUUUAUUUACAAGCAUGUCUGAAACAUCCGGCACACUUUAAACAACAAAUAUGUGUUUCAAAACAAGAAUUUUUAAAUGAAGCACAACAUUUUCCACGAACAACACCAUUACAAUGUGAUAUUCUAUUUGCUAUUAUUCAUUUGUUACAUCAACAAGGCAUUGGACGAGGAAUUGAUACAGAUCAAGAUAAAGUUGGGCUAUUAUUAAGAGAUUUUGAUCUCAUUGGUCAACAUGAACAUCAAAUGCCCUAUCGAAUUAAGACACAAAUUAUCGAUGAACAGUAUAACAUAGAGCGACAAGGAAUUGGAAUGAAAGUAUUAGAAUCCGGAUAUCGAUUUGCUUUAGGUUCAAUUGCUGGUGCUGUCGGUGCCACAGCUGUCUAUCCAAUUGAUUUAGUGAAAACUCGUAUGCAAAAUCAACGUUCGGGAAGUAUUGUCGGUGAAAGAAUGUAUCGAAGUUCAUUAGAUUGUUUUCAAAAAGUUGUGAGACACGAAGGAGUAUUCGGAUUGUAUCGAGGAUUGGUACCGCAACUUGUUGGAGUUGCACCGGAAAAAGCCAUAAAGUUAACAAUGAAUGAUUUCAUUCGUGAUCGUUUAACAUUAAAAGAUGGCACAAUACCACUAUGGUGUGAAGUUGUGGCUGGUGGAUGUGCUGGAGCGUCACAAGUAACAUUCACAAAUCCAUUAGAAAUUGUAAAAAUUCGUUUACAAGUUGCGGGAGAAAUUCAAACAGCUCCUCGUCCUUCUGCCAUACAAGUUGUUCGUGAAUUGGGAUUUUUGGGUUUAUACAAAGGUGCUAAAGCAUGUUUUCUACGUGAUAUACCAUUUUCGGCAAUUUAUUUUCCUGCCUAUGCGCAUACAAAAAAGAAAAUGGCAAAUGAACAGGGUUACAAUGAUCCGAAAUCAUUAUUUAUAUCUGGACUUUUAGCUGGUAUACCAGCUGCUGGUUUAUGUACACCUGCUGAUGUAAUUAAAACACGUUUACAAGUCGUAGCGCGUAAAGGUCAGACAGCAUAUUUAGGAUUGACCGAUGCAGCUAUUAAGAUUUUUCGAGAAGAAGGAUGGACAGCAUUUUGGAAAGGUGCGGGCGCACGAAUGUUUCGAUCAUCCCCUCAAUUUGGUUUUACACUGUUAACCUAUGAAUUAUUACAACGUUUUUUGAAUGUUGAUUUUCAUGGACGAAAACUACAAGGUUCUCAUACAGAAGUAGGUGGAAAAGAUCAACAACACACAAUAUCACGUAAUAUAUUAUCAUCAACAAAUCCUGAUCAUAUUGGCGGAUUUCAUUUGGCAUUGGCCACCUUUGAAGGUAUUGAAACACGAUUCGGUCUCGCUUUUCCUAAAUAUAAAUCGACAACGAAUGAACCAUCAAACAUUAUACAAACACAAACAACAAAAUUAACAACUUUACUAGGAAUACCAGCCACUACAACAACGUCAACAUUAUUACCAAAAGAUAAUAAAUAA